CUCAGCCCAUUCAUUCUUUUGCCACCAAAAUAUCUCGAGUCCCCAAUUCACAUUGCUUUCCCAGCUCAAGCACACGGGGAAGAGAAGCGAGCAAUAGCACUGAGAUGGCCAAGAUCUCCUUCCUCCUCCUGGCGCUCCUCCUGAUCGCCAUUGCAUUCCCCGUGGAGGUGAUGGGAGCGGGAGGCGGCGGCAAGCUCAAGCCAUGGCAGUGCUCGUCCAAGUGCUCAUCGAGGUGCUCGGGGACGCAGUACAAGAAGGCGUGCCUGACCUUCUGCAACAAGUGCUGCGCCACAUGCCUGUGCGUGCCUCCGGGCACCUACGGCAACAAGGGGGCCUGCCCCUGCUACAACAACUGGAAGACCAAGGAGGGAGGCCCCAAGUGCCCCUAGAUUGAUUUUGCUCAUCGCGUGGUUCAUGAUCAUUCCUUGGUUGUGCUGUACUAGAUCUGAUCUGGUUAUGCUGUGUGCGUGCCCCUGGCUACAGGGAUGUUAAACACUGAAACUAUUGAGAAGGGAGAGCGAGGAUUCGUUACAUGUGAAUUCCCCUCCUAUUUAUCUGUGGUGGAGUAAUUCCUAAUUUAAUUUGCUAUUUUAGUGUCCAAGUA